AUGGCGUUGGUCGCGCCGCCGCCCUCCUGGGCCUCACGGGUUCAGGUAGGCCCGCCGCCGCCGAUGCCGCCCGCGCAUCUCACGCCCUCGGCCACGCCGGAGGAUAUCACCUGCUUGGUGCCCGCCGGUUCGGUCCUGACCUCGAGGGAUCCCCUGCCACCCAGCACCACCCCCGGCAGCCAGGCCAACAGCUCGCAAUCCGGCAGCUCGCAAACGGACAAAUCGCCGAACAUCGAGUGCGUCGUCUGCGGGGACAAGAGCAGCGGCAAGCAUUACGGACAGUUUACUUGCGAAGGAUGCAAGAGUUUCUUCAAGAGGAGCGUCAGGCGGAACCUAACGUACUCGUGUCGAGGGAACAGAAACUGUCCCAUCGACCAACACCAUAGGAACCAAUGUCAGUUUUGCCGCUUGAAAAAGUGCCUGAAGAUGGGCAUGCGCCGGGAAGCCGUGCAAAGGGGGCGAGUACCGCCGUCGCAACCCUCGUUGCCGGGUCUGCCGGGCCAGUUUGCCCUGACGAACGGGGACGCGGUCAAUUAA